UUUUUUUUAUUUUUUUAUUUAGGUCAAGGAUUUAUUUACCAACAAUACAUGAUGUAACACCAAUUGGAUGGUAAAGUGUUAAAUGUAGGAUUUUUAAUGUAGUGGUCUAUGCGACAGAAACUGGCGAGAUUCUCAACAGAUUAUGAGAACAUAGUCUAUUGAUAAGGGGAAAAUGCACUGAAGAUUUGUGAAAACAGAUAGGACAUAAUGGAGGAAUCAAACAGAUACAUGUCUAGUGACAUGAGAUAUGAGUGGAAUAGACUAGCAACAUUUCGUGAUUUUCCUUCUUCUGAAACUGUCAGUUCCCUCCUUUUGGCACAGUCCGGGUUCUUUUUUACUGGAUGUGGCACUACCUGUAAAUGUUACUUCUGUGGUUUUGUACAUUGUGACUGGACUAAUGGACUUAUACCCUCUCACUGUGAACAUAGAAGUUCAAACAUUCCUAUGGGCAUACCUAAUUUACCAACAAUAUCUUUAGAGACAAUGAAUGCACCGGAUCUACCCAACAUGCCCAAUUGCUCUACACCAGCUUCCAGAAUUGACGAAAAUAGAGCUAUGCUUUUCCAAACUCUAAGACUGCCAACACUCAGUGAAAAUAACCCUCAAUUUCAAAUAUCAUCAACAACUGAGGACAUCCUCUCACAGCCAGGGAGGCCUGACUACACAUCACACUGUGCAGAAAAUGCAAAACAUGACAAUAGUAAAGAUUUGGAAUCCUUCAGGUCUAACUCUUUUGGGCAGAAGUGUACAAAUACUCGUUAUUUGUUACCCAGAACUAGCAGAUGUCGACAUCUUACAAGACGACCCCGUUCCCCCAGCAAUGGCUCUACCCACACAGAAGGUGCAGAAUCUAUGUGUCCCUCAGGAUCAAGACACCCUUCAUCAGAGAGAGGUAGAGGAUUUUCACUCUCUGAAGGAGACCUUCGACUAAGCAGAGCUGUGAGAAACACUCCAGGAAUUCCUCAAACCUACAGAGAAAGACUCUCUACUUUCUGUAACUGGCCCAGGCACUUAAAUCAAACACCAGAGAGGAUGGCAUUAGCUGGCCUGUUCUAUUUAGGUUACAGUGAUGCUGUCCAGUGCUCCUUCUGUGAUGGACAGUUAAGAAACUGGCAAGUGUCAGAUGACCCUAUGUCUAAACAUGCCCAGAAUUUUCCAAACUGUAAAUUUGUCAGACAGCAUUCAACAGAGCCAUCUAGAAAUCAACCAGAAGGAUCACAUGGAGAUGAUCUAUUAUCUAAUGAAGAGAUAGCAAAUUUGCCUGCCUCAAGAGAAACUCAGGACCUGUCAUUUGAUCAACAAGACAUAGUGCAUGCAUGUAGAGAACUUACAUGUAGUAACAAUCUUGAUUUACGGGUUAUCACCAAAGUCCACAUUCUGAAGUACUUUUAUGAGGAAAGUGAAACCCAGGAAGACAUAUUCUCUGGUGAUGAUCGUUGUCUGUGUUGUGUUUGUUUUGCCAAUGUUGUCAAGGAGAUUUUCCUGCCAUGUCAGCAUGGAUGUUGCAACGACUGCAGAUGCACACGCCAACUUAAUUAUUGUCCUCGAUGUGACAGUUUAAUCAAAACAAAGCUUCAAGUUUAUAUUUAAUUUAGAAAACUCUUCACGGUAUUCAAACUUAUAUAAUAUAUGGCAUUUGUGACAGAAUAACAAUGGCAAUUGAGAUGUUUACAGAAAAAAACAUGUUUUUCUUCUUACAAUCAAUUUUCAAAUUAUAUUUCAAUGUGUUUUGAAGAAUUUAAUUGAAUAUGCAGCUACUACAGACUGGAAUUUCCUUCCUCCACCUUAACUUCUCUACCCUUUUGUUGUUCAGUGUAUCUCUAAUAAAUUCACAAGGUAUAUAGCAUGUAUAGUGCUGUUUUUCCUACCACACGAUUUUUAUUUUUUUUUAACUUUUGUCAACUUUUUCAUGUUUAUGUAUAUAAUCUGCAGUUGAUGCAUGAUUUGUGUAGAAGCACAUGGGUAUGUUUUAAUUUUUACUGAUUAGUGAAAUGUUUAUAUCUGUGUAUAGAUAUAUAUUGUCAUGCUUUAUUUGUGCCAGAUUUAAGUUUACUUUCUUAUUUGAAUUAUGCAUAUAGAAACAUUAGUAGGACUUUUAAUAAAGUUUACUUACUUA